AUGGUGGGCCCGUUGGUGGGCGCAGAGCAGUUUGCCGAAAUAUUUUCAGGACCUAUCUCCGGAGCGGGAGGGAGGCGAGAAAGCGUUAGAGGGUUUAGGAAGGUACCCGCACUCAAUAUGAGCUUGCCGCAGCAGCAGGAGUCGGUCCCUGGGGUGGCGUCCCCGGACGACUGUGAGCAUUAUGCAUUGCUUGGACUCGAACGCGCGCGGUGUCUGGAGUACACACCGCAACAACUUCGCCGGGCUUACCGGAAACAGGCAUUGGCGCUACACCCGGACCGCUGCAGUGCCCCCAACGCCGCCGCACGCUUCGAUGGUGUGAAACAGGCACUAGCCUUUCUACUCGACGAACCGCGUCGCCGUGAGUACGACCGAGCCUUCCUCGAGGCCCGCACGCGCCAGGCGCAACGCGACGCGCAAGCUCAAAUCCGACAAUCACUCGCCCAAGAAUUGCUGCGCAAGGAAAGACAAGCCGAACGCCGACAGGUCGAACGACAGCAAGCAGGACAGAGACACGCGGAACAACCUGUUGGCACCAAGCGCCGAGACGCUCAGUACGCAGACGCUCAGUACGAAGGUGAAGGUGGGCGCAAAAAACGUCACAAAGGUGACGACUUAGUGGAUCGAGGCAUCCACGGCGUGGACCGGCGUGUCUGCCGCAGCGGAUCGAGCGUGCCCGUUGACGACUUUAGCGACGACGAGGAGCUCUUUGCUGCUUUAGACGAACGGUUGAAGCAGCAACAAAAGAACAGCCAGUCAACAACCAGCCAGGUCACACCCAAAGUUGUCAUCCCGUUAGAUGAAAGCCCAGGUGCUUCUGAACCGUCUUCGGCAGGUGGGGAGCCAGCCACCGCGACUGUGCUCAUCGAAGACGACUCGGAACUGAUUGACCUGCGGAGCCCCGAAAGUGGCAGCGAAUCCGCAAGUGAAGACGAGAAACUUUUGCUACAGCAAUUGGUUAAUAUGAUAAAAAGGGACAAGCAGCCCUGA